AUGGCUGCUCAAACGGAAGAAUUUCCAAAAGUACCAAACGUUCAACUCAAAAUUCAAAUCGACGAAAAAGUUCAACCUAUGGCACAAGCUGCACGUAGAUUCCCUAUCGCUAUGGAGGCGGACGUUGAAAAAGCAAUUGAAGAACUCCUACCAAAAAGCAUCAUCGAGCGAGCGGAGGGUCCAUUGUCAUGGGUCUCUCCCUUGGUACCCAUACGUAAGACCGACGGCAGGAUUCGCCUAUGUGUAGACAUGAGAGCGGCGAAUAAAGCUGUACGCCGUGAAAACUUCCCAAUGCCUAACAUUGACGUAGCAAUGGCUUCAAUUCCCAAGGUAUCAAAAAUAUCAAAAAUUGAUCUUGAGGCGGCAUAUUAUCAUUUUGAGCUUGAAUGUGAGAGUCGAAAUAUUACCACGUUUGUUGCUCGUAGUGGAGUGUACCGAUUUUGCAGGCUCAUGUUCGGUAUUAAAUCAGCACCUGAAUUAUUUCAAAGAGAAAUGGAGAAUCUCUUUAGAGGAAUUAAAGGAUUGAUAGUAUACAUGGACGAUUUGUUGGUUCAUGGAUCGACAGAUGAAGAACAUGAUCAAACUUUGAAGGAGGUGUUGGAUCGUAUUUACAAAAGGAACAUGAAGAUUAACGAACAAAAGUCUCAAUUUGGUGUCAGAGAGGUAGUUUUCCUUGGUCAUCGUGUCUCAACUGAAGGUAUCAGACCAACCGACGACAAAAUCAGGGCUAUUUUAGAUCUUAAACCCCCGAAUUCAACGGCGGAAUUGAGAUCCCUUCUGGGAUUAAUAAACUUUGUGGGGAAAUUCAUUCCUAAUCUUGCAGCAAUGACACGACAUAUGCGAUCAUUGCUAGUGAAACAGAACUUAUUCAGAUGGAGUGAAGAGCAUUCACUAGAAUUAGAAGCUAUCAAAGAAGUAUUGGGAAGAGUAGAAUCUUUGGGAUAUUUUAACCCUGACGAUGAAACGGAGUUGAUAACGGACGCUAGUCCAUUUGGAUUAGGUGCCAUUUUAGUUCAAAUCAAAGAUAAUAUUCCGAGAACAAUAUCCUGCAUUUCGAAGAGCUUGGCGGAUCACGAAAAAAAAUACUGCCAAACGGAGAAGGAAUGUCUUGCGAUAAUAUGGGCAAUGGAAAAACUUUUCGUGUAUCUCUACGGACUUCAUUUCACAUUGGUGACGGAUUGUAAGCCACUUGAAUAUUUAUUCAACAAAUCACAGUCCAAAUCAUCGGCUCGGAUUGAACGCUGGAUAUUGCGACUAUUAAGUUUUGAUUUCACUGUUAAAUAUGAGCCAGGAGAACGGAAUCUAGCUGAUUCACUAUCUCGACUGUCGCAAGGAUUGCACUACCCACAGGGAGAACCAGAUGUUAUUGCGUGGCUAUCAGAACAGAUACGACCAAACGCUAUAAGCAUGGUCGACAUUGAAAAAGCGACACUCGAAGAUGAUGAACUCCAGAAAGUAAAAGAUGCCAUGUAUUCAGGAAACUGGGAUGAUGUCCCAAUGGGUUAUAAGACUUCCACUAUUAAGGAUGAUUUAUUAUUGUACGGAGAACUAAUCCUUCGGGGUGACAGGAUAGUUGUUCCAAGAAGUCUAAGAGAACAAGUUAUCAAUCUUGCACACUUUGGACAUCAGGGAAGUACUUCCAUGAAGGCACAACUGAGGGCUAAAGUAUGGUUCCCAACAAUGGACAAGAUGAUAGAUUCAUUUGUACAACAUUGUAAACCCUGCAAAAUGACAUCUCUUCCCGAUAAACCCAACCCUAUGUCUCGAAGAGUUCCUACGCAACCAUGGCAGGACCUUGCAAUAGAUUUUAAAGAAGGUCUUCCCGGAGACAUGUCUCUACUUGUGGUAGUUUGUUAUACUACACGUUUUAUUCAAAUCGAAGCAAUGAAACCAGCAACGACACAACGAGUUAUUGGAUCGCUUUUGAAGAUGUUUAGCUCCUUUGGAAUCCCGAGAUCAAUUACAGCCGAUAAUGGUCCUCAGUUCAAGGCUCUUGAGUUCAAAAACUUCUGUCUCAGUUACGGGAUACAUCUAAACCUUUCUACCCCAUAUUGGCCCGAGCAAAAUGGUGCCGUAGAAAGGCAAAUGCGUAACAUAGGUAAACGGGUGAAGAUCAGCUCCAUUCAGAACACUGAUUGGAAAACUGACUUAAACGAGUAUUUAAUUCUUUACCACUCAACUCCUCAAGAGACUACUGGAUUGUCACCGAGUAAAAUGAUGUUCGGGAGAGAAAUAUUUAAUGGAAUACCAUCAAUUUAUCACCCUCCGGCAUUGUCCUUGGAAGCCAGCAAGGAUAAGGAUAUGGCGCUGAAGGAGUACCACAAGCAGAAGGCAGACGUCCAGCGCCAAGCUAAGCAUCAUAAGUUGGAGAGGGGGGAUACUGUAUUGCAACGAAACCUAAAAAAAGGAACAUUACAACCAAAUUUCAUGGACCAAGAAUUUGAAGUCGUAAACUCUGAAGGAGGCACCGUCCACAUCAAAUCCAACGAAACAGGUAAAACUUACAUUCGAAAUAGCACCCACAUUAAGAAGCUCGAUAAGCGGUCACAGUUGCCGAGGAAAUUAGAUAACGAGACGCAGAAAUCAACACAUCUAUGGACAAUGACCAAUGGAGAAAUUGAAGACGAACCAACGAAGACCAAUGAAAGUUCAACGGCAAACAAACGUAUGAUGAUGGAAAGACAGCGGAGAGCUCCAGCUAAGUACGAAGAUUAUGUAUUGUAA